AUGUCAGCUAUUCCUCAACAUGAAGUGGAUGACUGGAAACGUCUCACGAGUAUGAUUGACAAUUUACAGAAUGAUCGCAUCUCGGACAAGCACCAUGCACAGGAGCGGAAAGUACACGAUGUCACGUUAAAGCUCAGCGGUGACGAAGAGACCCUCAAGAAACUCGAGAAAAAAGCUAAGAAGGAAGCAAAAGAUGUGAAAAGCAUAUCGAAGCCCGGGUUUAAGCGUUUCGGGGCACGUAUUGGUGGACAUCUGGAUGAGAAAACUGAAAAGGAGAAGAAAGAGGCUGUUGCUGCACAGAAUGCCGUAGAGAAGAAGCAAGAGGAGAUACAGCGUGAGAAGAAGGAGCUCGAACAGCUAACGCAGGCACUGCAGCACUUGAGCGUCCAAGCGGGCUCGCUAAAGACAGCAGAGAAGGACCGCAAGAACCUGAUUAAGCAGUAA